CGAGUGUACAUUUCAGUUCAACGCAGAAUCAAAAUAAAGCGAGAAAUUGUAUGCAAAUUUGUGGUUCAUCAGUCUAUGGCUUCUCCUGCAUUAUCAGCUAGCAGCUACUACUAUGCCGUCACUCCUGCGUCAUCAACCUCCUCCAGCAAGUUGUUCUUCAACAAAUAUGGAAAUGGGCUGAAGAACAGGUGUAAUGUGAACCCUUUCAGAAUCAGAGCUUCCUCUGAAGAUGAUGCUGAUUGCAACACUGAAGAAUGUGCUCCUGACAAGGAGGUUGGGAAAGUAAGUGUGGAAUGGUUAGCUGGGGAGAAAACUAAAGUUGUUGGUACAUUUCCUCCACGUACUCGUGGAUGGACAGGAUAUGUAGAGAAGGACACUGCUGGCCAGACCAACAUAUACUCUGUUGAGCCUGCAGUUUAUGUGGCAGAGAAUGCAAUAAGCUCUGGGCAGGCAGGUUCAUCUUCUGAUGGAUCAGAGAACACUCUAGCAAUUGCCGGUUUCCUUGCUUUGAUCUCUGUUGCUGCUGCUUCAUCUAUACUUAUUCAGGUGGGAAAAAACGCUCCGAUCCAGACACUGGAAUAUUCUGGGCCAGCCUUGAGCUACUUCAUAAACAAGUUUAAGACAACAGAAGUUGUUGAACCCUUGGCUCCCAUUGAAACCACGAAUCCUAGUUCCUCACAACCAGAGGCUUCAGCGCCCAUUGAUACUGUAGUUUUGACUUCGUCGCAAUUGGAAAACUCAAAUCUUGAAGCCCCCGAAGUGCAAGUUGAACCUGAACCUCUGCCAGACACUUCCGGAUCUAAUCCUAGUGUAUCUUAGGUCGUUUUCUAGAUAUUGAAAUGCUACAUUCUUCACCUUAAAGAUAAAGCUUGUUGUAUCUGCUACAUUCUUCUAUGUAUAAAAUAUAGCAAUUUUUCCUAUAGCAUUUUUAUAGCAUUCCUUAUAAGCAUUUGUCAUGUCAAAUUUUACUAUUUACGGGCCACAAAAGGGGAUAUAAGGUGUUUACUGGUAUAUAAAAAGACAGAUUUCAAGUUAGGUUCAGUUUCAGUUACACACUCUCAUUGAUAAAUGCUCUUGUGAAAAGCAAUUUCCACUUUGCUUUGUGUGACUCUCUCUUUAAUGAACUACACCUCAAACAAUGGAAUGCAUUGUAAAAGGAAUUCCACAGGAGAUAAAAUGCAGAUUGCUCAACUGCGCAACAAGUUGAAGAGUGAUAUGCAGUAUUUUCAUCAGCUUGGAUUCAGACUGAUGAUUUAAUUUUCUGUCUGGUUCAGUUCAUUGUUAA